UCCUGUAAAUAUUUUAUCUCUUAGCUGUAGCGACACACUGUAUUAUUUCACUUGUUUCCCACGGAGACCAGCUUUAUAUAAAUGCUGGUAGCAUACUGUAGAGGGUGGCAGUCCACUGCCAGCCUGCCUGCUGUUUACCAGCUCGCUGGGCUAACUUUAGCGUGAUACUUAGCUGGCUAGGACGCUAGCAUUAGGUAGCCAUUUAGCUAAUCAGAGGUUAACUGGCGUUACGAGAGGAAUCCAGCUUGUUGUCAGAGGCCUGUAUCUAAUUGGGAUGGACUCUUGAAAUGACAGUCAUCUGCAGCCUCUAACCGAAGCGACGCGUAUCAAAGACCACAGGUCAAGCUUGCCUUGACGUUGGACCUCUUGCCUAGCAUGCAGCCAUGAGCUCUGUCCUGUGGAGCCAGGAGAAGCCCGUUGGGGGCUUCAGGGAGGACUGGCGCUUCUACAUGGUUGUGAAGGAGUGUACGGUGGAGAAGCCUCCCCAGAAGACCCUGAGGAUCCCCCGUGGCAGUCUUGGCCAGGCCUGUCAGGAGCGCAACAGCCUGGGGCGAACACUGCCCCCAUGCAAAGGCAAGAAAAGUCUCCGCAUUCUAGACCAGACCAAUGUGGUGCUGAGCCUGGAUGAGCGGGACGUCCAGGAGCUGGACGAGAAGCUGGCUGAGUUGCUGUUCCCCAUUACCAACUGUGAGGAGAGAUAUGCCCUGCUCUGCAACAAGUCCCGGCUAUCACGCAUCUGUGAUAUUGACUGUGGUUCCAAGGUGCGUGUCCAGUUGCGCUCAGGGGAUGAACCUUUGCCUGGUGUGGUCCGCUUCAAGGGCUCGCUGCUCCCUGACAGGGCCCCAUCUGGGGUCUGGUUUGGAGUGGAGCUGCUGGAGGAGGGCCGCUGCCAAGGCUUCACAGACGGCUCUUACCAGGGCCGCCAACUUUUCCGCUGUGAGGAUGAAUGUGGUGUGUUCGUGGCCCUGGACAAACUUGAACUUUGGGAGGAGGAUGAUGAAGAAGCCAUGGGCGAGCUGGAGGUGGACCACGUCAAUUUAGAAGAGGAGGACCAGAACUUCCCUCCGCUGGAGAUUAACUCCAGGGUCCUGGUGCAGACCAGGGAUGGACCCGAAAGAGGCACCAUCAUUUUUUGUGGACUGCUGCCAGGAAAUGAGAGCCUGGGCUACUAUGUGGGAGUUGACAUGGACAAUCCUAUUGGGGACUGGGAUGGUGUAAUUGACGGGAAGCUGCUGUGUAAUUUUGCCAGUUUGGAGCACACUCGACUUGUCCCCAUCUGUGACGUGAUGCCAGAAUAUUCCAUGCAGGACCAAAGGCUGCAAAAGCACAGUUUUGCCCCCAGAGGCACCAACAGUGACAAGUCGUCCUCUGGCCAAAGCAAACCAAAGACCAAAGGAUUAGGUCAUCAGUGUGGCAGUAGAAGCAAGUCUGAAUUUUACUAUACUUUAAAUGGCAGCUCUGUUGAUCCCCCAGCCCAGUCCAAAUCCAAAAGCACAUGGUACAUUGAUGAAGUUGGGGAGGACCCUGCCAAGUCACUUACUGACACACCCCCUGACUUCAACCAAUCCUCCCCGCCCCCCAGAGCCCCGACCUCUGCCUCGUUGUCCAGUGACAACAAGUUCCACUCUCUGCCCUUCAGCCUGAACCGGAAGACUGGGCCCAUCGACAGCAUAAGUCAUGGGCCUCUUUCCCUCUCCGUCCAGUCAGUGAUGGGAGAGCAGCCCGAGACCCAGUCACCUGCUGCGCCUCCGUCGCCACGACCUCCGACUCCUCCCCGUGGGCAGCCGGGCCUGGAGGUGGGCUCUCUGGUGGAGGUGAAGGAGAACCCCCCUCUGUGCGGUGUCAUUCGCUGGGUGGGUCUGCCUCCAGGCCUGCCGGAACCGCUUGCUGGGCUGGAGCUGGAAGAAGAGUGUCCUGGUUGCACUGACGGCACCUUCAAAGGCACACGGUACUUCACCUGCCCACCCAAAAAAGCCCUGUUUGUGAAGCUCAAGUGCUGCCGGCCUGACUCCCGCUUCCAGUCCCUGCACCACCCCUCCAAUCCCAUAGAGAGGUGCAACUCCAUCGCAUUUGGGGGUUACUUGAGUGAGGUGGUACAUGAGAACACACCUCCCCGCACAGAGAACGAUGGUUUGGAUAUCAUGGUGGGAAAAAAGAAAGGCAUCCAGGGCCACUACAACUCUUGCUACCUGGAUUCAACUCUCUUCUGUCUUUUCUCCUUCAGUUCUGUACUGGACACAGUUCUGCUGAGACCACGAUCAAAGACUGAUGUAGAGUAUUACAGAGAGACGCAAGAGCUGUUACGCACAGAGAUAGUCAACCCCUUGCGCAUACAUGGGUAUGUGUGCGCCACGAAAGUGAUGAAGCUAAGGAGGAUCCUGGAGAAAGUAGAAGCUGCCUCUGGUUUUACCUCUGAAGAAAAAGAUCCUGAGGAGUUCCUCAAUAUCCUUUUCCAUCACAUACUGAGGGUGGAUCCGCUGCUCAAGCUACGGUCAGCAGGACAGAAGGUCCAAGACUGUUACUUUUACCAGAUCUUUAUGGACAAGAAGGACAAGGUUGGAGUUCCCACUAUCCAGCAGCUCCUCGAGUGGUCCUUCAUCAACAGUGACCUAAAGUUUGCAGAGGCUCCCUCCUGCCUUAUUAUCCAGAUGCCCCGAUUUGGCAAGGACUUUAAAAUGUUCAACAAGAUUUUCCCCUCUCUAGAGUUAGACAUCACGGACCUUCUUGAAGACACUCCAAGGGAAUGUCGAAUCUGUGGAGGCCUGGCUCUCUAUGAGUGUCGUGACUGUUAUGAGGACAUCGAUAUUACCCCUGGCAAGAUCAAACAAUUCUGUGAAAAGUGCAAUACGCAGGUUCACCUCCACCUGAGGAGGAAAGCCCAUCGGCACGGCAAACUGUCUGUCCCCAAGGAGCUGCAAGAAGGUAUGGGGCGGCAGGGCAGUUUUCCUCAUCAGAGGAUGGAGCUGUUCGCCGUGCUGUGUAUCGAAACCAGUCACUACGUGGCCUUUGUCAAGUACGGCAGCGCAGAUUCCGCCUGGCUCUUCUUUGACAGCAUGGCAGACCGUGACGGAGGGCAGAAUGGUUUCAACAUCCCCCAGGUGUCUCCCUGUCCAGAGGUGGAGGCCUACCUGAAAAUGACCCCAGAGGAGCUGCACGCUCUGGAUCCCAAGAGCAUCCAGGGCCAGGCCCGGCGCCUGCUGUGUGACGCCUACAUGUGCAUGUACCAGAGCCCAACCAUGAGCCUGUACAAGUAGAAUCCUUCCCCCAGUCCCCUGCCCCUACAUUCCUGUCCCCUAGCCUCACCACUCCCCCUCCCACAGGACAGGAGAUUCCCAGAAAGACCAAAAAUAAAAAAUAAACUAAAAGAAGAAAGGCUACCUGCCAGCAGGGGUGCUGUCUGGAGUUAACCCUCUCCACCCCAUCUCUUCUCAAUGCCUGUCCAUCUCUGGAGGUCGGAGAGAUGGAAGAAAGGGGGAGAAGCCUAUUUGCACUGUGCAUUAGUUCAAGUGUUGUGUUCUCCAUGUAGUCCAAUGUAGCUUCCCUGUGUUUCACAGCUGAGCAUUGGAGAUUGAUGAUGAAGCAAAGGUAGGCCUUAUGAAGAUUCCCUCCCUGUUCUGGGAGGAGGAAGGAGAAGUCGGGUGGGAGGGCAUGCUUGCAACGUCGUGGCUGACAAAACACGCAGCAAAAACAGGAUGAGUUUGUGGGAGAACCUUGGCCACCUCAUUUACCUUAAGAAAAGAGGAGUCCUGCUAUUCUUAAUCACUGUAGAAGACGGGAGCUUUCCAUAACGCCACGUUAUGGAAGCAGUUCAGUGCGCAAAUCCUCAUCCAACUUGUGUGUACUGUUUUAAAAAAAAUAACUUAUGUAAAAUCUCUAAGUAGCAUAGAUUUCUCCGGGUAGUAACAUCAGCGGUGUAGAUGUCAACCUACUGUGCAGUUGCAUUAAGACCAGAGUAUUCUGCUCUUUGUGAACCGGUUUGCAUAUUCCCCCAUCAGGCUGUGUAAAUGUACACUUUACAGUAUAUGUUUUGCAGAAACAGAUGUAGCCAUUGUAAAAGUCUCAUGUUUUACUGCAUAUUUGCUCAACCAAUGCUGCACUUUUGUUCUAUCCCCAAGUGGACUUAUCAGGAAACAUUGAGGUUUUGCUCUUAUUUUUUUUUCUGUCCCAUUGGAAGUCUCGCUGAGUGCUAAUUUGUUGUUUGGGAGACAUCAGAGUUUUGUGUUACAGAAUACAGAUUUGCUUCUCCUCUGUAGCUGUAAAGAAUGGUCUGCAUUGCUAAUGCAGAGUAGAUGCCAGAUAAAUGCUUGAAGGGAGACUUGUACAAUGGCUCCUGUUGUAAAGCUGGUCGGUGGAGCACUCCAUGCAUUCAUAGGGUCAAUGAGGUGAAAUACUGGAAGGGUCUGGCUGUUUUUAAAAUAAGAGUGUGUGAUGUGAAGAAUUUCACAUGCUGUGUUUUAAGUCUCCAACUUAUUGUGUUUAUGACUAAAUCUAAAUUAUAUUUUAUGUUUACAAAGCCUUUUCUCUGCCCAUUAUGGGAGGUCUGAUUUCUUAUGGGUGAAGAGGAGCAAGUAUGGACUCUCUCUGCCUUUCAUGAAGAUGCAACACACCAUGUUUCCAGCCACACACCAGAUAACUAAAGAAUUGUGAUCAAAUAUUAUUAUUUAUUAUAUUCUAAUCAUAUUACAAACUCACAUGUUGUCCCUUUUUUCAGAAAAUGACACAGGGUUGAUGAUACUGUAAGGUUUGGGUACUCCUUGUCCUCUUUCACUGUAUAUUGAAGUGAGUUUUUGUAGUUUACGCUGUGUCAUACCAACUACUGAAUGUUAAUAGUGACACAUUGGACAGUGUAGAGUUAACAAAAGAUGAGAAAUGAAGAGACACAAGGCUGGUAACCUUGGGGCACUAUAUAUGUAUUUAAAGAAAAAAAAUUAAUUAAAAAAAUGAAAAGCUUGAUCCUUGAUUCCAUUGUAUUCCAGUUUUACAGAAUACUUAAUGUACACAGAUCAUACCACGGAUCAAGAUAUGAAGUAGUAGUUUUUUUUUUCCAUAUAUCCCGCAAAAUUUAAUUAACUACUAUGUUGGCAUCAGCAUUACAUACAUUUUUCCCAAGUCACAACUUAAUCACAGAGUUAGUUGUGAGUAUUAAAAAAAAUGUGUAAGGGUGUUUUAUAAAUUAGGUUCCAGAUGACAACUUCCAUUUUGCUCUGUGUUCCUUCCCACUGUCCCAGGGAUUCUGACAGAGGACUUUCCUUUUCUGCACUGCUGAAGCUUGUCACUGACUGGAGCCUUGUUUUCUGUGAGAGGAGCCUCAGAACAGAGGAUGGGAUUUUUUUUUGUUUUUUUUUUUCUUUUUUUCUCUGUUGCAUCUGUACAGUAUAGACAUAUGUAACGGGUGGAAAAUUAAUGUCAGUGAUGUCCCUGUAAAUGUUAACAAAAUAAAGCCCGUUUUGAAGGGUA